GCGCGGCGGGGCAGAGCGGCAGCGCGAGCCGGGGCUGCGGGCGGCCACGCAACUUCCGCCCGGGGGGCUCCGCUCGCCGCGCGCCGCCGCCGCCGCCUGAGGGGACGGGAGCUCCGGGCGGCCGAGGCGCCGCGCCGGGGCCUGCGGGGAGCGGGGCGGGCCGCCGCCCAGCCGCAGCCCAGGGGAGCCCCGAGCCGGCCACCGGGCCCGGCUCCGCGGCGGAGCCCGCAGCCCCCAGCGGCUGCGCCCAGCUCCAUGAAUGGAAAUCGGCAGCGCAGGACCCGUCGGGGCACAGCCCCUACUCAUGGUGCCCAGACGUCCUGGCUAUGGCACCAUGGGCAAACCCAUUAAACUGCUGGCCAACUGCUUCCAAGUUGAAAUCCCAAAGAUUGAUGUCUACCUCUAUGAGGUGGAUAUCAAACCAGAUAAGUGUCCUCGGAGGGUGAACAGGGAGGUGGUGGACUCAAUGGUGCAGCAUUUUAAAGUGACAAUAUUUGGGGACCGUAGACCGGUUUAUGAUGGGAAAAGAAGCCUCUAUACAGCCAAUCCGCUUCCUGUGGCCACUACUGGGGUGGAUUUGGAUGUGACAUUGCCGGGAGAAGGUGGAAAAGAUCGUCCCUUCAAAGUGUCAAUAAAGUUUGUUUCUCGGGUGAGCUGGCACUUGCUGCAUGAAGUUUUGACGGGAAGAACCUUGCCUGAGCCGCUGGAACUAGACAAACCUAUCAGCACUAACCCUGUUCACGCUGUCGAUGUGGUGCUACGACACCUACCCUCCAUGAAGUAUACCCCUGUGGGCCGCUCCUUUUUCUCAGCUCCAGAAGGAUAUGAUCACCCCUUGGGUGGGGGUAGGGAGGUCUGGUUUGGAUUCCAUCAGUCUGUUCGGCCUGCCAUGUGGAAGAUGAUGCUCAAUAUCGAUGUUUCUGCCACUGCCUUCUACAAAGCACAACCUGUAAUUCAGUUUAUGUGUGAAGUUCUUGACAUUCAUAAUAUUGAUGAACAACCAAGACCUCUGACUGAUUCUCAUCGGGUAAAAUUCACCAAAGAGAUAAAGGGUCUAAAGGUAGAAGUCACUCACUGUGGAACGAUGAGAAGGAAAUACCGUGUUUGUAAUGUAACAAGAAGACCUGCAAGUCAUCAAACCUUUCCUUUGCAGUUAGAAAAUGGCCAGACUGUGGAGAGAACAGUAGCACAGUAUUUCAGAGAGAAAUACAACCUCCAGCUGAAAUACCCUCAUCUUCCUUGCCUACAAGUGGGACAAGAACAGAAACACACCUACCUGCCUUUAGAAGUAUGUAAUAUUGUAGCUGGCCAGCGGUGUAUCAAGAAGCUAACGGACAAUCAGACAUCAACUAUGAUAAAGGCCACAGCGAGAUCUGCUCCAGAUAGGCAGGAGGAAAUAAGCAGAUUGGUGAGAAGUGCAAAUUAUGAUGCAGAUCCAUUUGUUCAAGAGUUCCAGUUCAAAGUCCGGGAUGAGAUGGCCCAUGUGACGGGGCGUGUGCUUCCAGCUCCCAUGUUGCAGUAUGGAGGACGGAAUCGAACAGUGGCAACCCCAAGCCAUGGAGUAUGGGACAUGCGAGGGAAGCAGUUUCACACUGGUGUUGAGAUCAAAAUGUGGGCUAUAGCUUGCUUUGCAACACAGAGACAAUGCAGAGAAGAAAUAUUGAAGGGUUUCACAGACCAGCUGCGCAAGAUCUCCAAGGACGCGGGGAUGCCGAUCCAAGGCCAGCCCUGCUUCUGUAAAUACGCCCAGGGUGCAGACAGUGUGGAGCCCAUGUUUCGACACCUCAAGAACACCUAUUCGGGGCUUCAGCUCAUCAUUGUCAUCCUGCCAGGGAAAACACCGGUGUAUGCGGAGGUGAAGCGUGUGGGAGAUACGCUGUUGGGAAUGGCCACACAGUGCGUUCAAGUCAAGAAUGUCAUUAAAACAUCUCCGCAGACCCUAUCAAAUCUGUGCCUGAAGAUUAAUGUUAAACUAGGAGGAAUCAACAACAUCCUUGUACCUCAUCAACGACCUUCUGUGUUCCAGCAGCCAGUGAUCUUUUUGGGAGCUGAUGUCACUCACCCUCCUGCUGGAGAUGGAAAGAAGCCUUCCAUCGCUGCUGUUGUAGGUAGUAUGGAUGCUCAUCCAAGCCGAUACUGUGCCACAGUGAGAGUUCAGCGACCCCGGCAGGAGAUCAUCCAAGAUCUAGCCUCCAUGGUGAGAGAACUUCUCAUCCAGUUCUACAAGUCAACACGGUUCAAGCCCACACGUAUCAUCUUCUACAGGGACGGGGUCUCUGAAGGACAGUUUCGACAGGUUUUGUAUUAUGAACUGCUAGCUAUUAGAGAAGCCUGCAUCAGUUUGGAGAAGGAUUACCAGCCUGGAAUAACCUAUAUUGUGGUGCAGAAGCGACAUCAUACACGUUUGUUCUGUGCUGACAGAACAGAAAGGGUUGGACGAAGUGGCAAUAUUCCAGCUGGAACAACUGUAGAUACAGACAUUACACACCCAUAUGAGUUUGAUUUUUACCUCUGUAGCCAUGCUGGAAUACAGGGUACCAGCCGUCCCUCACACUAUCAUGUUUUGUGGGAUGAUAACUGUUUUACUGCAGAUGAACUUCAGCUGCUGACUUACCAGCUCUGCCACACAUAUGUGCGCUGUACACGAUCAGUUUCUAUACCUGCACCAGCGUAUUAUGCUCACCUGGUAGCAUUCAGAGCACGAUACCAUCUUGUGGACAAAGAACAUGACAGUGCUGAAGGAAGCCAUGUUUCAGGACAAAGCAAUGGGAGAGAUCCACAGGCCCUCGCGAAGGCUGUACAGAUUCACCAAGACACCUUACGCACGAUGUACUUCGCUUAAGUCAAUAAAAUGGGAGCAUACUCACUGAAAGGAAGAACUGAAAAAUAAGCCACAUACAAUGUAUGUUUCCAGUGGGGUUGGUUUAUGGGGUGUGCCUCCGAUCAUGCUGAAGUUGACGCUGUGCAGGGGCGAGAGGCUAACCCUUAAAUUGACACAAGGAAGAUUGUUUACUUCAUCGAGGAACACAGCACUAUUAUGCAAUAUGAAACCAGCCAACUGCUUUUUCGGCGCGGUCUCCUGUAGGAAGCACCGCCAUCAUUAUUAUUUUUUUUUUAUUAUUUCUCGUAGUUUAACCCUCUUAUGCCUUUACCUCAAGUUGCUCGGCAGCACAACUAUCUUUGCAAAAAAAAAAAAUUAAUAAUAAAAAAAAUCAAUGGUGUAAUUAAAAAAAAUAGCAAACCACCUUUAUACAAACAAUCACAAUGAUUGUUUGGGGGAGGGAAGUGUGCAAAAAAAAAAAGUAAUUGUUUUACCCCAGUGCGUUGAGGAAUCUUUCUCAGUAUUGCCAUCAAGCAUUCGAAUGUGAACAUAUCCAAGUACAUUUGAAUGUAUAGCACUAGCUAGAAAAAAUUGAGGGGGGGGGGGAGAUGUUUUGCACACUAAUCCAAUAAUUUGAACAUAAUUUAGCCAACUGCUGCCUUUGUGUCUUUCUUCAAAGCUUUGGAGUUCUCUGCUCCAAUAGUUCCCUUUUAAAAAGCAAACAAAGAAGCUAGUGGUAUUAUGUGCAGGCAGUAGUGAUCCAAACUCUUUCUUGCUCCCUGGUGAAUUUACUAAAGCUGCUGUUUUACCUAGUCCAAAAGUUUCAAUUAUUUUCUAUCUGGCAAGACAAAUAUGUUGAAGCUUCAUAUGAGAUCAGAUGUCCCAAGUUUUAUGGGAUUACAUACAGUAAACACCAGAACUGAAACUUUAGAGCUAAGGUCUUUUUGGGAAAAAAGAAAAAUGCUAGUUUACUUGCUGCCUCUCACACCUUAAUGUGAUUUCAUAUGUAUGUGUUUUUGAAGUUUAGCUUCCUUUUUUUUCUUUUAUAUUUAUUAGAGUAAUAAUAAUGCUUUAAUUUAAUUAUUACAGAACAUAUGGUCAACAUCAACUUUUAUUUUUUAGAAAUGUAACCAUGUUUAUUUUUAAAAAAACUGACAACUUGUUUUGCUAUCUUUUAGUGCAAUAAGCGUUCUAAAGGAAAACUGUGUCCAUUGAGCUGUAUUAAAGCAGUGUUUGUACCACUAACUGUGGAAGAAUGGACACCUCCAUGAUUUUAAAAGGACAAAGUAAAAGCCUUAAUUUUGAAAGGAAAGUUUUAUAGUCAGAAGGAAUCUUGAAUUUUCCUUUUUUAAAUCAAAAAAUAGCAAAAAUGCUUCUAGAAUUCUGCAAGCUUUACUUGUCACUGCAGUGUUUUGAUUUAACAAAGGAAUUGGCCAUAUUUUUGGCUUUGAAAUGUGGAGGAUAUUUGAAUUAAAUGGAAAGAGUUUUUUAUUAAGAUCUAAGUUUUUACAUGCUUAGUUAAAUCUAUUUGACAUCAGUAAAGUGUCUGGAAUUAAUAAAAGUUUUUAGGCUUUUUUCCUCUUUGAUAAUGACUUUCCUUUUAAAAUUAAGUUAUUGGUAACUUCAUUUCACUCUGCAAAUAGAGGGCUGGGAUAGUUCUAACAUGUUAAAUCACUGAAAUGUGAAAACAAAUCAAUGGGACUCUUUCAUUCCACUUUAAAGGUAAAACAAUAUUUAAGAUGUCAGAGACGAGCAUUUAUUCAACGAGAGGACUGAGGAGUUUUGCACUUUGUAAACUCGUGAAUUGCAUUUUUGACUGUUUUUAUUUGCACUGGUUCAUAGUAUAUAUACUGCAGAUCGUUUGUAUGGGCAUUGCUGUUAUCCCAGCCCUUCUGAACUCCACCUGCUCUCCACAUGAAAACCAGUGGGUCGGUAUAAGUAGCUUAUCUCCUGUCAUUCUCAUGAAAUCCGCUGUUUGCCAAUAUACUGUAUUUUGAGCCUAAAAUCUGAGCCCGUAUUGCUUCAACAGGCAUGAAUCUCCCCCAUUUUUUCUGCCAGAAAACAAAGUACUGUAUUUUGUGCAUUUGUACAUUGUAUUGAAAUGUUUGUAGUGCUGUUCGCAACACUGUCUCCAAGAGCUUUACUAAACAGUGUAUAUACAUAUUUUAUCUCCCAACGUCAAGGAAGAUAAUUUAAAAAGACUAACUUUGCAAAGUUAACAUUGCACUGGAAAUAGUCGUGACAGUGGGCAGUUGGCUGGUGGCUUUGGGGGUCCUCAGAGAGGAGGUUUGGGGGGUGACCAAGGGGGACUCGGCAGAGUCUCGGGGGUCCUGGGAGCCGUGUGCCUUCGUCAGCUGCACCCGCGGACCCAGGGCGGCCCAGCCACGCUCUUUGACUUCUUAAUGCACUUACCUUUCAGCGCCUUCAGAUAAACCUGCUGCAGGGAGGUCGGUGUAACGAAAUAAUUUGAGCACGAUGGUCUCGGAGUAAGUCUCUCAAAUGUUUUUCUUAGUCAGUGACAUGACGAUUUUCUCCUAGAAGCGCUCUAGCUAGUAGUUCUGUUUAUAAAAGGUUGAGGUUAGGCUUUUUACAGAAGAGUGUUUUAAAAGAGAGAUUUUUUUUGUUGUUGUUAAGAAAACUUUUACAAAGACUUCUUGGGGAUUUAUGGCGUUUAGAUGAAAAUUCCUUUUUAAAAAGUCUUUUAACACUCCUUUCAAAGACACUGUAUGCUUCUCGUCCUGCCCACGCUCAGUGACUGAUUUGAGAAGCUUUUUUGCUCACUCCUUUCACCGAAACAUAAAUUAAAGAAACUUCAUUGGGAAAAUGACUUCGAUUACUUGUCAAGCUAGCAUUUUACCUGGUUUUCAUGUGAAGAGUAUUUGGAAGUUUUAAUCUCUAUUCUUGGUUUUGCAAAUAUCUACGUAAAGUGCCGAUACUUAUUUGUAUUACGAUAUCAAGUUACUGACGUUGUGAGGGCCACACAUUUAUGAUGCUGUAGCUGCUAUAUUUAUUUAAAUGGAGAUGGACAAUUACUGCACUAAGGAAUGAGGAGAUAAGCAAGGAAUCAAGGUUAGUUAGGUAUCUUGGUUUUUUUUUUUAAAAAAAAGAGAAUUAAUGGUGUGAAAUAUCAAGUGUAACAAAGGGUGCUGUCAUUUUAACUGAGAUUAAAUAGCCAGAUGUUCUUCCUUUGUUUAAGAACAUAUAUAUUUUGAUGUUUGCAGUUUGGGGGUGGGGGGUCGGGAUAAAUGGUACCUCAUCUGUGGUGGCAGUUUCCAGUAUAUUUUCAGAGUAUAUGGAUUUCUUUUAUUUUUGUACCUGCUCUCCUUUAAAAAAAAAAAAUAAUAAUCUCAAAUUUUAUGUGCUGUUUGGGGAAAUCUUGAGUGGCGUACCAGAUCCCCCUCUCUUGCUGGGAGCUGUCUGUGUAUAGUCCAAAGAGGAAUGUGGGCAAAGGCUGAUAGUUCUACUUACUUCGCAGGCAGACUGGCCUUGUUUUUAUGCCUAUCGAGAAAAAAACGGUUCCUGUCUCCUAAGACACUGUACCAGUUGACUGCACCGAGACCUCACUUGUUAAGUACAAGUGCCACUAAUUGCUUCUGUGAUGGGAGCACGCACAAGGGCCCCAGCGCUGGGCUGGGGCAGGAGCAGCCGUAGGGCAUCGGCCACACCAGCCUGCGGCCGCGGUGCUGGUACCUUGCUGAGAGCGGGAGCCACGGCCGGUGGCAACGCUUCUCCUAACCUGGCAGAAAGCCUUGCCAAAACCUGCCAUCUGGCGACUAGUAGAUCCGGAUUUGGGGAGAAGUAGAGUGUUUUAUAGUUUGAGACGUUAAAACUUUCAACAUCUGCUAACGGAAUGACUUAACUUCACUGUAAGUAGGUUGGUUUCUUUUUCCUUUGUAGGGCACUUCAGCUGUGGCCAUUUUACUCAGGAUCGCUGUAUUACUGUUCAAUGUGUAAUCUGGUUAAACGCAUCCAAGAGUUAUUUUUCUAGGGUUCAUUCUGGCAUCCUUUUGGAAGUUUGGCCACAAAAAUGGUUUUCGGGAGUAAAAUGGGUUUCUGGAAGUUGUCAGUCAAGUUAUUUCAAGAUGCUAUUGGUCCUAAGCUAUUUCCACUUCUUCAUCUGUGAAUUUUUGUCCUAUAAAAUGCUCACACAUAAGAUACCAGACAGUCAUCUUCAUACAAAUUCCAGAUAAGAAUACUGGUUUUCUACUAGUCUUGAAGUCUACUCUGGUGAAAUUCCAAGCUCAGCCUACACUUAAAGCUUGAGGCCUUUUUUUUUUGUUGUUAUUGUUGUUUAUACUUUCUUCAUAUCUUGUCCUCUUUUGAUAUUUUCCCCAUUUUGUGAACUGAGGGUUUAGAACCUUACUCAAAGCACUUUUUUAACCAAGGAAUCAAAAGCUCAGAUUAUGUAUGUUGAAACUAUAAAUUCCGUUUUCAGAGAUCGUUGUUUCUAAAUGGCCAUCUUCGUCUCCGGUGACGCCAAGCAGAUACUCUGUCCCUUUCAGUGCUGUGGAGUUUUGUGGCUGCUACUGGCAGGUUGAUUGGAUCUAAUGAAGAAAAAUCCAUAGGGAUAUCAAAAGGAAGGAUUCUUUUCUUUUUUACCCAAAGAUGGUACUUUAGAUUGAUACUAGGUGUUAGGAUAUCAUUUUUGUUUGGGCACAUGUUUAAAUAAAACUUCAUGUAGCCAAUUCACUUACCAUUGGUGGUUUUUUGGUUUUUUUUGUAAACCUGAAUAGAGUGGUUAGAGCUUGAGCUAAUUGAUGCUUUCCGCUAGUAGAAGAUUUUGUACUUUCAGUAGUGGAGGUAUGAACAAGAUGGGUACAGGAUCCUAUGUUUUACCUCCCUAGCAGAGUCUCAAGAAUCCUGAUCUCUGUGACACUAAAACAAAACCAAAUUGUUGUCCCUGAGUAGGCGAAGGUGCAUAUGGAGGGGAAGGAAUCAUAAGGGAGAGGCCUGCGAGGGAAAAUACUGAAGCAUCAGUUUUACAGAAAUAAGGGUGUUGAUGGAGACUCCAUCCACUUUCCAUCCCGCGUGCCCUGGCCUUUUCAGAUCUUGUCAGAGGUACCCCCUCACCUGACACGGGUAGUUACACUAGGGUCCUUUUGAAACAAAGCAGUUCCGCUGUUUAAAGUUUGGAGUGAUUUUUAUUUUUUUUUAAGCAAGACAGUCCUCAGAAAGUGCCUUUUUAGAAGAUGGUGCUGUAGAUUUUUAUUUUCCAGUUGUACGUGGCUGAAAAUUUAAGAUAAAUUAUUGAAAAAUGCCAAGUGUUUGAUGGUAUCUUUCAGGUACUUUCAAGCAUCAGCUUCUCUGAGUCAGGACCAAGAAUAACCAGGAAGGUGUUUUCAUUGGGAGGGAGAGGCAUUGAGGAGCGAUCACCAAAUUCAGCUGGAUCGCUCACCCUCCGCUGCCUAUGUAGAAUUAGCAAUGUUGAGGACGCUGUAGCUGUGUGGAAGGUGAAUCAGCUCUGGACGCGAAGGGCAGUGGUAGUGUGAUGGUGGUGAAAGCAACUGCCUGUAGAAAUAAAGGACUGGGUAGGAGUUGGGUGGAUGGCAGGUAAGCUGUGGUCAGCUUGAGCCCUUCAGGGAAGCUGAUGGGAAUGUCAAACAUUAGCUUAGGUGUCUUGAACUGUUUGUGUCGGACUUGAACUCAUUGAGAGCAAGCAUGUGCCUUUUUCUGAUCAAGAACAGAGCUGGAAAAACUUGUGUUUGCAUUGGUAGUAUGGAUAGUAUUUUUCUUGACCUGCUUUAAAGCUUGAAGUCCUUGGUCAGACUGGAGUUGGUUUUGUGUUGAACUACUUUAAAGUGAGCCCUGAAUUACUUGUGAAUGGGAACUGCCCAGAGAGGAGAAGCUUUUAAAAUAAGUCGUUUCUGGAGAGUGAUGUCAUCAAAUAAACAUACUUCCUGGUAGACUUGCAAUUUUUUAAAUAAGAUUUAACCUUGAUAUGUUUCUCUGUGUAAGGAGAAUCAUUAAUUCUGCCCUUAUUUGGAUGUUGCCUGUCCAGUGAUGUCUUCACUGUGCUCCUGCAGGUUUCCAUACAUUCCAUUGCUUCUUCCCCCUACCCCGUUUGGUGGCUGUAAGGACACGAGGAAAGUUGUCCAGGAGCAGUGCAGAGGUCUGAUUAGGUAGGAAUGUGGAGGUGGGGAUUAAACAUCACAGGAUUCUUCAAGAACCAGUUUGCCAGCAGCUGAGGGUCGUGAUGUCUGCCAACAAAAUCUUAUGGUCUCUUGGGUUUGGAGAGUUAGCCAAGUGUGGUACAAGGGGAGAGAAGAUCCCCCAUCCUCUGAUAUCGAGAUACUAGUAGAGGGAAGGCUGUUGUAGACUGUGUGCUGCACAAAAGUUAGGCACCUGUGUCCUUAGAUGCUAGUUUGUACUUAAAGCUGCUAAAAAAGUGGAUUUUCAGUCUGAAACGGAAGAGCUUCUUCAAAUAAAUUAUAUUUGAUGCAGUUUUGAGAUAUUGAUGAGCUAUCCAGCCAGGAACUGUGGUAUCAACGCUGGCUCUGAAAUGGGUGCCCUCUCUGACCUUGGGUAAACGAUUCUGCCUCAUUUUUCACCCUGUCUAGAAAAUGUUUAUGAUGAUUCACAUCGCCUUACAAGAGCUGGCUGUUAGGUGUUCUGAGGAUGAACCACAUUGUGGAAGUGCUAACUUCUUGAUACAGACCUCUGUGCACCUUCUUGCAAAUUUUCAUCUUUGAUUGACAGUUCUGUUUGGAGUCAGUCUCUGACGUGAGCCCGUGCUCUUUACUUGCAUCUCAUCGCAGCUCUGCCUGAGGAAGGCUGUUGGGAUUGAUCCCAUGUUGUUUACCUGUUGCUUUCUUUUAAGAUAAUCCAUUUGUUGCAAAACAGACUGUCAGAGGGCGAGUUCAUUUAAAUGGAAGUUGUUUGGGUUUUUUUUAUUGCUGAGAAUGAUAUGUCUUUCAAACACAUUUGGCAGUUGGAAACUUAAUACUUACUGUAAUACUAUCUAGCAACACAGAAAAAUAUGACUGUAUGUUGAGUUUAGGGCUGCACUAGCCUAUAAAUCACAAGUCCACAACCAUUUAAGUACAGGUGUGCAAAACUUAGCUGUUAAAAUACUUACUAAUAAACUUUCAUUAUGCUUACACUUGCAAAUCUCUUAAAUAUAUUCAAAACCAGUUUCUUUGAUAGAAAAUCCAUGCCUUGCCAGUUAGUGUUCACUCAGGCAUAAUAGCAAAGUAAUACCUACUGGAGCAAUGCUAGAUUUAAAGAAUCUCUUGGAAGUUUUUGAACCUGAUGGUGUGCCAGCAAAGUGGAAACUUGACUAGGGCUCUUUCAGUGGUUCGGGAAAUUGAAUGCCAAAAAACCUCGGUGAGAGGAAGACUGCUGGAAAUGACGUUUGUCUUCUGAUUUCUGGCAACUUUGCAGUGAAGAAUGGCUUCUUUUGGGUACUUGGGUUUUGUACAUCGCUUUCCUCCAGUGGCUAUAGUUUUUAGUUUUCUUUGGACUUGAUUUCUGUUUUUCAGCGAGAUGUUCUCAUUUCUGCAUCUUCAGUGUUGAAUCUAGCCUUGAGACAGCUUAGCCUUGUUUUCCUGUAGAAAAACCUGCUUCUAGAAAGUUGCAUUUUGUGUCUGUUUUUGCAGGCAGUUUUGAAAAGCUAGCCUCAGCACAGCAAUAGAGUUGGCAGAACAAGGUUUUGGUCUGAAAUACUGAUUUAUUUUUUUUUUUACAGGCUUGUUGCCCAGCCCCUACUGCCACCACCAGCAACACUGGUGUACAGAUCCUGCGUUUCGCAGGUUGGGUGACACACUUUGGGCUCACAGGGUACAGAUCCUCCUGUCUGUUAUAUUCUUGUUUCUUCCCUUGGUGUAAGCAGUUAAGCUUCCCCAGGUAGCCAGUUGGUGGAUGAAUAGUGUUGUUGCUUGUGGUGGGGAAAAACUAGGCUGUUUACGUGGCCUUGGAGGUGUCUGAUCAUAAAUAAGACCAUUGUUUAUCAGCAGGUAUUACUUUAAAGCUUUUAUGGUAAUUGGUAGCAUUUGGUUAUGAGCCAAUAUGGGUAUUAAAGUAUCUUCAGGAGAAGGUGGCUCAGGUGGCAUGGUGUGUGCCAUAAACCUUGCUAGUGAUCAAGCUGUAUUUGUUUAAGAGACUGCUGGAAGCAAUGUCGUGCAUAUAAAUUUUGCAUAUUUAAUACCAUAUGUUUAAAAUUGAUACAAUAAAAUAUUGUGCUGUUUCAGGAUUCCUUUUCAGAAUAAAAUUCUACUAAACCAG